AUGACUUCUGACUCGGAGCCAGUGCCCAAGAAGGCCAAGACAGCAGGCCAUGCCGUCGACAUCAUCCGGCCCAGUGUCACGGGGACGGAGUCGCGGGAGGCGCUGGCAGCAGCGUACAAGGCAGCCCAGCCAUACCCACACUGCGUCAUCACCGACAUCUGCGAGCACGAUGCCCUGGCAGCGGUGCGCGAGGAGAUCAUCUCCAACGUCCAGGCGACGUACAAGGAGACGGACCUGUUCAACAUGUUCCAGACAGGCCAGUUGGGAAUCGCUUGCCUUCACCUUGCUCCAGCGCGCGACCUCGCCAACCUGGACGGCCUGGAUGCGGAAAGCGCGGCCAAGCUCCCCACGGUGCGGGCGCUGCGCGACGCGCUCUACAGCCCCGACUUCCGCGCCUUUGUCUCCGCGGUGACGGGGUGCGGGGAGCUGUCGGACCGCACCGACUGCGCCUGCAAUGUGCACGCCCGGGGCGGCCACCUGCUCUGCCACGACGAUGUCAUCGGCACUCGGGCGGUGUCCUUCAUCAUCUACCUCACAGACCCGGAGCGGCCCUGGAAGGCAGAGAAUGGCGGCCUGCUGGAGCUCUACCCCCAGGACCCAGAGCUCAAGUCUCAGCCCGCCGUCUUCCCGAGCGCCAGCGUGCUCCCCCUCUGGAACACCAUGGCCAUGUUUGCGGUGCAGCCAGGCGUCAGUUUCCACUCCAUCCAGGAGAACUUUACUGUGGACCAGCCCCGGAUGAGCAUCCAGGGCUGGUUCCACCGGGACACUCCCCCCGAGGGCGCCGACUCGGCGACGCUGCGCCAGUUGCAGCUGCAGUCAGACCCCCGGACCCGGGACUUCCAGCUCAUGCCCGGCGCCCAGCCUGGGGGCAGCGACGCAGCAGCCACUGCGGGGCCCCUGCCCGAGGCGGAGCUCGAGGUGCUGGCCCGCUACGUCAACCCCGUCUACCUGGCGGAGGCCACCUGGCCCAAGGUGGCCGCUCGCUUCCGGGAGGAGGGGUCGGUGCAGCUGCAGGCCUUCCUCAAACCGGAGCUGGCGCGGGCGGCGACGGCAGCCUGCCAGGCGGCGGAUGAACGGGACGGGCUGGGGGAGGGCCCACCGCCGGCAUCCUACACGGUGGGCCUGGGCCCAAGCUGGGAGGCCGUGGGGCCGGCCUUCAAGCAGCGGUACCUGCGGUACAGUGGCGAGCCAACCGGCACGCCGGAGGCCGGCUCGGACCCGGGACCCAUACUGGAGCGGGUGCGGGAGGAGCUCCUCACCAGCUCCGCUUUCGCGCACCUCGUCGAAAAGAUGACCACACUGCGCCCGUGCACCGCGCGUGGCGAGGUGCGCCGUUUCCGGCGCGGCAUGGACUACACGGUGGCCCACCACGGUGUGCUGGCGGCGGCGCCCUGCCUGGACGCCGUGCUGUGCAUGCUGGGCUCCGGCCCCGGGGCCGGCGAGGCCUGGGAGGGGGGCGAGGUGGGCGGCUACGAGGCCUACAUGCUGGCCGACGAUGAGGGGGAGGGCGGCGCCGGCGCCGCAGAGACGGCCGAGGUGUACCGCUCGCCGGGGGAUGCGGCGGGGGAGUCGGAGUCGGGCGUGCUCAACAUCUCCCCUGCCGCCAAUUGCCUCAGCCUGGUGCUGCGCGAUGAGGAGACGGAGCUCCUCAAGUUUGUCAAGUAUGUGUCGGCCGCCGCGCCGGGCAGUCGGUGGGACGUCGCCAUGGAGUAUCAGCUCGCCGACGAUGACGAUGACGAGGAGUGA